AACAUGUGGCGGUAUCCACCACCACCCGAAUGGGUGUACCCUGGAGCUUCAUGGAGUGACCAAGAAGGUGGAAUCCAAGGAACCAAAUUCUAUGAUCCACCUCCCUUCCAAGAAGAAUAACCAUACCAAUGGGGGUAUCAAGAGGCUUCCCCAUACGAAGAAAACUUCCCUCCACAAACCAAGGAGAAAUUCAAGUUGGAGUUGGCAAUGGAGGAUUUCAUGGGGCAUUCCUCAGGACCAUGUACCACUCCGCAACCGGAGCCAAAGAGCAAAUUGGAGCUCUUGGUUGAGCGGUUUGUUCGAGGCACCGACGAAGGGUGCUCAAGCUUGGAUCUUCCACAACCCAAAGAGAAGUCCAAGUUGGAGCUUAUCGUGGAGAAAUUUGUAAGAACAAGCUCCAACACGGAUUUCCAACAGCUCCCUCCCCCUGGUUUGACAUUAGAAGAGAAGGUGGCACUUGCUUGUGCAAGCUAUCGCCUCUCAUCAUUGGAGGAGAAAGAGGAGGUUGAAGGACCGAUCAAUGACAACCGUGUGGAGCAAGAAGAACUCACCUCGGAGAGCUCCCGUGGUGAGGAUGAACAAGAAGGUUGCAUUGAUGACUUUCACACCCUUCCCGAGAGCAAAUUUGAAGUCCAAGUCACUAGUAUGGAGGAGCAAGAGAAUCCUUUCUAUGAUCUUGCAUGGCAUCUUGCCCUCCAAACCUUGCUUGAAGACAUGAAUGGGAAGGUGAAAGAAGAGGGCGAAGAGGAGAAAGUGAGCUUUGAAGAAGAGGAAGAUCUUGAUGGUUCCCAAAGGGAGGAGCAAAGUGAAGAAAAAGGAAGGGAGGUUAAGGUUGAAGUAGAAGAUGCAAGUGAGGUCCAAGAUGAAGACGGGGUCGAGGUGGGUGAAGCUUCAACGAGUUGCACAUGAUCCAAAAGCUUUCCAACUGACACGCCUCUACCGUCACACUAGAAAGUGGCCAAGUGUAACCACCUACUAAUGCGUAGUAUAGCGGGUUUAGUUAUAAAUGUCAACCUGGGUCCUAGGUGUGAUGACUACUCCGUGAAAAUCUUAUUAUUUAGCAGUUCAAGUGUAGUGAAGGUCUAACUAAACUAGCAAGCAAAAGCAAUGAAAGUUGUGUUCAAGUUGAGAGAGGUCACCCAGAUAUGGUUCCCCCUAGACUCCAGUUAAGCCAAGUUGUAAUUCACCAAGUUCAAGUUCAAUGAUAGUUAUACCGCAGGAGGUUCUUAGACAGUCUGCAGUCUUGACUAAAGGUCUCUAGACCCUCUCAAUUUGAGUCCCCAGCGGGCAACUAACCUCCACCGGAGUAAACACAUUGAGGCCCUAACGAACCAAACCUCCUCUACCGGAGUAAAUCCGGUACAGAAUAGUGAAUUGACUCCUCGACUAAAGUCAUCAAUUCACUACCUUCAAUCAAGGGUGCUCUAUCAACCUAGGCAGAUAUUCUCUUUCUAGGUCAAAGCAGAAAUAACAGGAAUUUGAUCAGGAUUCCUGCCAUUCAGGAAAUCAAAUCUCAAUUGAAUAUAAUAAAUAUCAAUGAAUUUGUACUUGGGUUCAUACAAUCAGACCUCACAUACAAAUCUAGGGUUCUUCAAACCCAAGUGGAGAUUUUGGUUUGUCACUCUCUCUCUCUCUCUAGGUAUCUGCUUUCUUUCUCCAAAACUCGGAACCCUUGUAAAAUUGGCCUUCUUUCCCUCAAAAGGGAGCAGAUCGCGAUCCCUGGUCAUAAUACCCAGUCUGGUAUUUCAGCUGCCCGGCCGGGUAUGUUAACGCAAUGCAGUGGGGAAAGGGAAAUACCCGAUCGAGGUUCAGAAUACUCAAUCGGGUAUUUUAGCAAUCCGGCCGGGACCCCCUCUUGCAUUUUACCUGGUCGAGUAUUUUAACUCCUGACUGGGUAUUUUCUUCUUCCAGCGCCCCUUCACUCUAGCGUCCUCCUUUUUGACCCGAAACUCGUUUCCAUGCCACCAUAUCAACGCCAAGUCCUGAAAUAUGACAUAACGCACAACCUAGCGUGAAAUGGGCUUAAAACACGAGAAUUGACUCUCAAACGGCUCAAGAAUGGAGGUAUAAACAUGUGCAAUUCAUGGUCUAUCAAAUGCCCCCACACUUAACCAUUUGCUUGUCCCCAAGAAAACCUAACUCAAACCAGUGCAACUCUCUAGACCUGUAUAGCAAUACACAACCCCGAUCGUCGCUGAGGAUUUCCUAGAUAAUAUAGCAGCUUACGAGGUCAACUGGUCUUCUAAGACAUCCCCUAUCUCUCUCAAUGCGAGUACUAGACUCAAGCCAAGAUCAUGAGAAGUAGUGGAAUUAAGACAACCAGUUCAUGGGUAAAGGGACUCACAUCAUUCAACCACCAAGGACUCAUUGUACCGGGGUGCCCUUUCACUUCAUGUCAACCGUUGAAACCCCUUUACGCACAUUCAUUUUACAUUUCUCUUUUUUUUUUCAUUCACUCUGCGGGGGUUCCAACUGCAGUUUUUUGUACAGUCGACCCUUAUUAGUUGAGAAAGAGCAAUUUCUAUACAUCUGGCACUCGCCAGAGUACUUCCUUUAACUCCUUUUCCUCAACUCGUGUGGAGGGUCAAUGAAAUUAAGGGGGGUCGGAAGCUCUAUCCGUGCCCUUAAAAACACAUCCUCGAGUAGGCAAAUCGUUCAACGGGUGAAAUUUUUACUUGUACUAGAGACAACUUAGCUUCACCUUGUAGGAGUACCCCACUAAGGAUCACUAAAAUCUCUUCCAAAACCUGAUUUUGUGCAAUGAACGGUGCCACACACG